CACGGCGCAGAACCGUUUACCUACUUGGCUGUAAAGCAGAGAUCUAAUGUUGUCAAUUAUGAUAAACAUUGUCAAACGCUGAGCCAGAUUUACACACAUACAUUACAUAUAUAAACACAUAAUUUUUUUGCGGUCGUACCUGGAGGCUGAUAUCUGUUUAUUUACAUAUAUAUUUCUUAUUCUGAAACGGUGUACAUAUAAAACGGACUAUCCAACGUCCUUGCUCUGUACCGCGCUGUGACCUGGGAAAUGUAGUUUAAUAUAGUUCAUCAUUACAUUCAGACAAUUGCAUGUAAAAGGUCUUUGAACUACUGUCUUCCGGGUUUGAAUCAAAUUCUCUGUCCUCAUGUGAGCCAAGUAAACACUGGAACAGUAUUUGCAGCUGACACAUGCAAUGAGACCUGUGCAAGAAAUUUCGCAGUGGCCCAAAGUAUCAAAGUUCACUGUGUCUGCAUGUGCUGCCAGUGUUGCAGAAUUGGUCACAUUCCCCCUUGAUCUUACAAAAACAAGGCUUCAAAUACAAGGCGAAUAUGCUCCUGGGAAACUCAGCAAGAGUGGAACCGCCAACACUGUGUACAGGGGAAUGCUAAGCACAGCUGUAGGAAUAGUGCGAGAAGAAGGACCACUAAAAUUAUGGCAAGGGGCAACACCUGCAAUCUACAGACAUAUAGUUUAUUCAGGGGGCAGGAUGCUAGCGUACGAACAGCUCCGGGAUUUUGUGUUGGGAAAAUCGGAAGAUGGCAGCUUUCCCCUUUGGAAGGCUGCAUUUGGUGGCAUGGUAUCUGGUGCUCUGGGCCAAUUUUUGGCCAGCCCCACUGAUCUAGUUAAGGUACAGAUGCAAAUGGAAGGGAAAAGAAGGCUGGAAGGCAAACCACCAAGAGUUCAUGGGGUUAUUCAUGCCUUUGUGAAGAUUGCGAAGGAAGGAGGGAUCCGGGGCCUCUGGGCUGGUUGGGUGCCCAAUGUACAGAGAGCUGCUUUGGUCAAUCUAGGAGAUCUCACAACAUAUGACAGCGUGAAGCACUUUCUACUAAGGAAUACCUCUAUAGGGGACAACUGUCUUUGUCAUGGAUUGGCAAGCACUUGUUCUGGUCUAGUCGCAGCUAUGAUGGGAACACCGGCUGAUGUGGUUAAGACGAGAAUAAUGAACCAACCUCGGGACUCAAAUGGAAGGGGUCUCCUGUACAAGUCAUCCAUAGACUGUCUGGUUCAGUCUGUUAGAGCAGAGGGAUUGCUAACACUUUAUAAAGGCUUCGUACCAACCUGGUUAAGAAUGGCUCCCUGGUCAAUGACAUUUUGGCUAACCUUUGAGCAAAUCAGACGUGCUGUGGGCAUCAGUUCAUUCUGAACAUAUGAAUCAAAGGAGCAAUAAAAAUAAACUGUUGUUAAGGAAAAGAGAGAGUUUUUUCCUUCAGUGCAUUAAUGUUGCUACCUCACAGCUCCAGGGUCCCCAGCUUGAUCCACAGCUUGGGUUUUUUUCUGUAUGGAGAUUGUGUGCAUGUUCUCCCCAUGUUCCUGUGGGUUUCUUCCAGGCUCUCUGGUUCCCUCCCACCUGCCAAAAGCAUGCCAAUAAGUGGAAUUGCUUAGUUAAAUUGCCCCUAGGUCUGAAUGCAUGUGUGCAUGGUGUCGAGUGUUCUUGCGAUCCACAGUCCUGACCAAAAAUCUGAGAAAAUCUGACCUGCAGUUAUUAGCCUACAAUUAAAAUGUUCUUUUACAGGCAAAAUCCACUGUGAACCAAGAGGAAUAUAAAGGCUCAUGUCACAUCUGCCAAAAACACCUUAACGACCAGCAAGCCUUGUAGGAUAAUGUUCUGUGGACUGAUGAGGUGAAAGUGGAACAUUUUGGUAGACGUCGGUCCUAUUGCAUCAGGCAUAAAGCUAACACUGGCAUAAAGCUUCCACAAUAAGAACAUCAUACCAACAGUCAAAUAUGGUGGUGGUAGUGUGAUGGCGUGGGGGUGCUUUGCUGUUUCGGGGUCUGAAUAAUCUAUCUGCACCUUAUUCAAACAUGUCUUACAUGCCAAACAUGUUUUAACCUCAUUAAUUCAUUUAAUAAAAUGAAUCAUUAAUUCCUUCAUUCAUUUUCACUGACUGCUUUAUCCUGAUCAGGGCUAUGGUGCAUUGUGAGCCUAUCCUGGGAGCAAGCCGAAAUAAACCAUCAGUCACAUGUAGGGGCAACUUAGAAAAGUCAGUUCUUGGGAGGUGGAAGGAGACCAACAAAGAUACAAAGAGAACAUGGAAAAUAUUCACAGUAAAUAGAGUUCAGGAUCACACCCUGGACCCUGGAGCUUUA